AUGAAGGAGGCGAUGCGGCUGUACCCCGCCGUGCUCGUCGUCGUUCGAGAGGACGGACUUUUUUUCCCGGCGGAUCUCUCCGCCCACCAGCCCUCGGUUUCAAUACCCGCCCUCGGCGCCUUUCAACUCCGUCUGACGCCUUUGAACUCCACUCCGACGUUCGCUUCGCUCGUGUGGACCCUCGACCCUCAGGCGGAGGAGCUCGGCGACGGCGGCGAUAUCGUCGUCGAGCCCGGACCAGACGAUUCCGCCCGCGGGAGGAGAACGAUUCGCGUUCCCCCCGGGACGGGCCUGUGGAUGUCGCCGUACGUGUACGGCCGCCUGCCGAAGUGCUGGGGCGAGGAUUCGGACGAGGCCGUCGCGCGGUACCGACCCGAGCGGUGGGCCGCUAUGCGCGAGAACGGCGAGAGCGCGCCGGACGCGUACAUGCCGUUCGGCGGCGGCCCGCGCGUGUGCCUCGGCUCGCGGUUCGCGACGUUGGAGGGCAAGGCGCGUGCUAUCUCACACUGGUCCCCAUACGACCGCGUUCGCGUGGUAAACGCCGAUCCUUAA